AUGUCCUUCUCCGUAAUAUUUCAUCCGUCUCCAGAUGACAAGUUUGGAGAAAUCGACAAUGAGUUUCAAGAGCAUGCCCACCGACUCAGGAAAUCGCGAAAACUAUUCGUUGACCCGGAAUUUCCACAUAACAAAGAUUCGAUCGGAACGAAUAUGGAGGAAUCGGAGGACUUGACUCCAGUUGCAUGGUGGGCACCUCAUCAACUAAUUAACAAUUAUGCGACAAGUUUAUUGAAAACUACGGCUGCAAUGCAUAGUUAUAUAGACAACAAUAAAGCGAUGAGAGCCAAGGACCCAGCUUGGAAACCAGAUUCAAAUUUAUUUGAGAAGGCGUUGCAUAACUGUAACAAGAUCCGGUCUACGAAAUGGAGUGUUUACGACAAUCCAUGGCCGUUUCAUGUUGGUGAGGGAUAUCUUGACGACGCUUGGUUAUUGGCACCGUUAAUGUGUAUUGCUAGACGGAAGGAGAUAUUGGAACAUGUUCUGCCGGAUAGGGAUUAUAUAAAAGAUUGUGGGAUGGUACAGGUUAGACUAUUCAUCAAUGGAAAGUGGGAAGUGCUCAAAUUGGAUUAUUUUAUUCCCAAAAGUUAUGGCGUUCGCACUAUCUAUGCGAAUAUAAUUCAAUGUCAGUUAUGGGUGGCGUUAAUCGAAAAAGCGUUUGCAAAAGUCAAAGGAAAUUAUGGGAAUCUGGAUGAAGGCAGUUGUGAAGAGGCGUUCACUUAUUUGACCGGUUGUCCAUGUAGAUCACAAAAAUCGAUAAAGAAAUGGAUGAAGUGA